AAUAUAUUAUAAUCAAAUUUUAAUUUACGUUAUGACCGGAAAGGAAAUCAUGCACAAAAUUAAGGAGAAAGUAGGUAUAAGUGCACCACCGUCCGAGACGGGCAAAGGUAAGAGCAAGAUGUCAAAGUACAUCACACAUGGAUAUCAUUUAGUUGAGGGAAAGUCAACCCAUCCGAUGGAAGAUUACGUUUUUGCUCAAUUCAAAGAAGUGGGCGACAAUGAACUCGGUUUGUUUGCGAUAUUCGACGGUCACUUAAGCCGUGAGGUACCCGAUUAUUUGAAGUCCCAUCUCUUCAACAACAUUUUGAAUGAGCCCGAUUUUUGGACAGCUACAGAGAAUGCAAUAAGGAGGGCGUACCGAAUAACGGACACCACAAUCUUGGACAAAGCUAAGGAUCUAGGCAAAGGUGGUUCGACAGCUGUCACCGCAAUACUGAUCAACUGUCACAAGCUAGUGGUGGCUAAUGUGGGAGAUUCCCGUGCCGUAAUUUGCAAGAACGGCGUGGCUAAGCAAUUGUCGGUCGAUCACGAGCCCGAGAAGGAAAGGGAUACUAUUGAGAACAAGGGCGGCUUUGUAACAAAGUUUCCAGGUGAUGUCCCACGUGUUGACGGACAAUUAGCAGUAGCAAGGGCGUUUGGUGAUAAAAGCCUGAAGGAGCAUCUCAGCUCGGAACCCGAUGUGGUUGUGGAGGUGAUAGAUGACGAAACAGAAUUUAUUAUUUUGGCUAGUGACGGAAUUUGGAAGGUCAUGUCGAAUCAAGAAGCGGUUAAUUGCAUUAGAGACAUUAAAGAUGCUAAAAAGGCAGCUAAACGCCUCAACGAAGAGGCACUUGCAAGAAAAAGCACGGACGACAUAUCCUCUGUUGUUGUAAGAUUCGGAUAGCUCCUCUUCGAUCACUUUGUUCGAAAACAUGUUUAUGCUUAAUUUAAUUAGUGACAUUGGUUUUGUAAUGUUUCGUGUUUUGUGAAAACUUUAAAUUUGUGAUGGACGAAAUAAGAAUAUUAUUAGGAUAAAUAAUAGUCUUGAAUUGUCAUUGUGUUCGACAUUCAAGAACGGUAGUUAAAACUCGGAAGUCGAACGGGCAUUGUCCGAAUAAUGCAAAUACUUUCUAGUUGAUA